CAUGUAACGUUACCAACCAAAACAUGAAUUUAUUUUUCUGGAGAGAAAAUCUGGGGGCUAUUAAUUGUCAUAUUUCAAAUUUUCCUUUCCUAUACAAUGCUCUAUUGAAGUAAAGGAACCAGAAUUACAAAUAUUCUAUGAUGUAGAAAAUAUUAGCAGUCAAAAUCUGUAACGUUACCAACCAUGUAACGUUACCAACCAGGCUUAAGGAUUGUAACGUUACCAACCAUGAUAUUAGUGCCAGGAGAUACUUAUUUGUAAGCCUUAAUCAGAAGAAAGUGAAGUGAUUCUUUAACUAAGACAAGAGAUGGCAGUAUAGAACAUUUAUUAAAGGCAUGUGACAGCCAUGUGACAACCAUUUAAGCAGCAUCAUAUCUGUGUAGAAUCCAUGCAGCAUCACAUUUGGGAAGAGUCAAAUCAUCUUUACUGUAUUAAAACUCUUCUUGAAUCUUUCUCCAUGAAAGCAGUUCUAAUUAGCAAAACUUGUUGAAUCUCAAUCUACUGUCACCCAGUGUCAGCAUCUGGUCAUCAUGCCCAAGUUUACGAAGAAAGAGAAACAAAGGCACUACAUAGAAAAGAUGAAGAGGAUGGGGAAGUAUGAAGAAUACUUGAAGAAAAAAGCAGCAGCCAUGAAGAGGUGCCGGGAGAAGCAAAAGCUGAGAGAGAGGACCUUGCCAAAAUAUGCGAGAAAACAACUGGAAAGGGAGACGAAAGAAGCAACAAAGAAACGAGUAGCAAAGCACAGGAAAUUGAAGAAAGAAAGAAAGGCAGAAGCAGAAGCAGAAGCAAGUCAUGGGCCCUUCAAAAGUGCGAUGGCACUCGCAAAAGCCACUGCCAGGGCACAUCGGAUAAUGGAUCGAGUACUCCCCGACACUCCUAAACGGCGAAUUGUUGUCUCUCGCAAGUUGUAUGAGAAAGAAGCUAAGCAAGGACAUGAACUACCAUCAGCUUCAGCAGAGAAAAGGAAGACGGGUCCUCCUAAAGUCAGUGAAGAUACAGUGAAAGUCAUCGAAGACUUCUAUGAGAGAGAUGAUGUGAGUCGCCAGGCCCCAGGCAGAAAGGAUGUAGUGACUAUUUGGAAUGCAGACGGAAAGAAGAAAAUGCAGGCUAGACACCUCACUGCUUCAAUUAAAGAGACAUAUGCCUUCUUUUGUGAGAUUUACCCAGAAGUACAUGUGGGAAAGUCCAAGUUUGCAGAGUGUCGCCCAAAGCAUGUCCUGCUUAGCCAAAAGUUGCCACAUAAUGUCUGUCUCUGCAGGUACCACGAGAAUGCCAUUAAUGCUUUUACUGCACUUCACAAGGCUCAACCAGAAUUCCCUGCUUACACCCGUGAUCUCCCAGCUUUGCUCCUUUGCAAGCAACCAUCAAGAGAGUGCUGGAUGAAUGAAUGUGCAGAAUGCAAAGAUGGAGCAGGAUUUAGCAAAGCCUUCUCUUUUGAGGGAUCCCUUAACAGCCCUUGCUCAUGGCUUCAGUGGGAGACGGAUAAAGAUGGACGGAUGAUGAAGAUUCAAGAGGAGGGAACUGUAGGAGAGCUAGUACAGCACAUCACUGCCAUCUUACCUCAGUUCCUGCAGCACUGCUAUGUAAAGCGUGAGCAAGCAUCAGCAUACAAUGCUCAGAGGGAAAAAGUUUCUCCUGAAUCACAUGACACCCACAGUGCCCUCCUCCAGGUGGAUUUCUCUGAAAAUUUUACAUGCGUUGCUCAAGAUGAAGUCCAGAGCGCACAUUGGAAUCAACGUCAAGUAUCCCUCUUCACUGCAGCACUCUGGUACUCUGGAUCUCUACAUUCUCAUAUCCUGGCAUCUGAUGACCUCACCCACUCCAAGGAAACCAUCAUAGCCUACCUUGAUGUGCUGCUAGGAUAUCUACCAGAUACGGUAACAUCUAUUUCUAUCUGGUCAGAUGGCCCAGCUUCGCAAUUCAAAAAUCGGUUUGUGGCAGCAGCACUCUGCACACUUCAAGAGGCUCACAAGAUUCAAAUCAAGUGGAACUUCUUUUCGACCUCCCAUGGAAAAGGCCCCGUUGAUGGGAUUGGAGGGUCAGCCAAGCGCUUUGUGAUGCAAAGAGUUCUGAGCCGCCAAGACAUUGUAGCAGAUGCAAGCAGCUUUGUUCUAGCAGCAAGCUUCAUGGAGAAUGUAUGCGUCACAGAGGUCAAGUCAACAGAAAUUGCUAAGCGGAAUGAGAAGCUCAAAUUGAAAGAUGUUUUCAUUCAGGCCAAGCCAAUCACUGGCAUCGGAAAGAUGCAUUUCCUGAAGGUCGUAAAGGAUGAAGUGGUAUCCCACAUUCUCACAAAAGACAAUAGGGCAGACAAGGAUGAUGUAGUGGUUACCCAAAGUGGUAGUAAGGCCAUUGUAGUGGGAGAUUGGUAUGUGGUCGAGUACGAAGGAAAGAAAUUUCCUGGUGAAGUUGUUGGGUUCACACGCAAGGGUGAGUUUCAGGUGUCAGUGAUGGAGCCAGUGGGAAAGUACUGGAAAUGGCCUACAAAAAAGGAUGCCAUUUUCUACAUGGAGAGCAAGAUGAUUACAAAAUUGGCUCCUCCAGAAGUUGUUAACAACCGUGGGCAUUUCAAAUUUUAGAUUUGUAUGGUAUCAAGUAGGCCCUACAUCAAAUACAUGCAUUGGGUUAUGGAAUACAACCGCACAUUUUUAUUCUGAACUCUGUUAAACUUAUCUCAACUAAAAUAGUUACUUUGUGAAACCAAGUUAUCAUGUAUGUUGACAUGCAUAAUCCCAUGGCAAAUGGUGAACUUCAGAAUCUAACAUUUGGAUAAAAAGUGUUGUAAAUAUGUUUGGAUUGUUUCAAGUUGUGUCUGGGUAAGAGUUAUAAAUAACACUUACAUUGAUAACCAUGUUAAUUUACAUGCAAUUCCAAAGUGUAUCUUUUGAUUUUAAGGAAGGAGUACAGGUCUAAAUCGACGGCAAAUACAUUCGUUAAAGAAGUUGUUAAUAACCGUGGGCUUUUCAAAUUUUAGAUUUGUAUGGUAUCAAGUACAUUUGUACAUAAAAUACAUGCAUUGGAUUAUGGAACAAAACAACACAUUAUCAUUCUAUUGUGUUAUGGACUGAAUAUCUGCUCAAUGUCUCUGUCAUGAUGUCAUGAACUCUGUUAAAAUUCUCUCAAUAAAAUAGUUACUUUGUGAAAUCAAGUUAUUAUGUAUGUUGACAUGCAUAAUCCCACGACAAAUGGUGAACUUCAGAAUGUAACAUUUGGAUAAAAAGUGUUGUAAAUAUGUUUGGAUUGUUUCAAAUUGUGAGUUGGAGUUAUAAAUAACAGUUACAUUGAUAACUAUGUUAAUUUAUAUGUAAUUGCAAAGUGUAUCUUUUGAUUUUAAGGAAGGAGUAGGUUUAACACUUGCUUUUUACAACGCUUAUUUCUGCAUGGACAAACUGUAACGUUACCAACCGGUAACGUUACCAACCAUGAAUUUUGGGUCUAAUAAAAAAUUGAAGAGUCAAGCUGCUAAAAUUAUUGGCUGAAAUAUUUAUAAUGACACUAGAAUUGAAAUGAAUACGACACUUUGUUUGAGGUAUCUCGCGUUUUAGGAAACUUUUGGUCUGAAGACACUGAUUUUUUUCGCAUGUCCUUUUUUUGUAACGUUACCAACCAACAUUAAAAGUUACCAUGGCGACUCUAA